AGUCGACGAGAAGCUAGCUAGCUAGCAUGUUUAUUAUUUAGCUAGCUAGCUACUUGACUUCAAAAAUAUUGUACUAACUAAUUAACAUUCUCUUUUACGGAUUUUAGCUGUCUUGCCAUUGACUACAUUUUUGUUGGCACGUGGGUAGGACAAUAUGAGUGGAGAGAGGGAAACGUUGUUGGAUGGAAUCGAACAGAGUUUGUGGAAUUUAACCGAGAACAAUUUACGUUACCUGUGUGAACGUUGUGGAAUAGCUGGCCAAGAUGGCUCCGAAGUUAAAGGAAAGAAUUAUCGUUCGUUGCGUCGUAAAAUAGAAGAAUAUUGCGAAAGUGAUGAUUUAAUGAAAUUAGAGGACCAGGGAAUGUCUUGGUUACUGCAACUGCAAAACGACAUCAAAACAAUACAGGAAGAUGCUAUCCUCAGCCAGUCAGCGCAAGUGGACACACUGGACAGCACCGAACCAAGCAGAACCAAGAACGAGGAGGGCGCUGAGAGGUUGACAGACCCAGCUCCAGAGAGAGACAUAUCACCAGAACGGAGGGAGAAAGGGAGUGGCGACUCAGAAGACCCAUCCAGACAGUCCCCACCCAGUUCUUCGGAACCCCAACACUCAGCGUCAUCACCGGAUCCUGACAAGAACCAUGGUGACCAGAGGUCAAAACUGGGUAGUCUGCGAAUAGUUCUACAAAAAGUUGUUGUCGUCAAGGAGGAGGAAGACGACUGGGAUUGUUAUGUUAGAGGUGAGAGUCCCAACCAACCAUCUGCCAGUGAAUAUAAUCCCUCUUCAUCGGAAGAUCCUGAACAUUCCGAAUCCGAAGAUCCUGAACAUUCCGAAUCAGAAGAUCCUGAACAUUCCGAAUCAGAAGAACCUGAACAACGACGAGUGAAAGGCAAAACUAAGACUCACAGCUGCCUAGCGUGUGGGAGGAAGUUUGUCUCCUUGUACACACUAAGGAGACACCAGAAGAGGACACACACAGGAGAGGAGACAGAGAACAGGACACAUACAGGAGAGGAGAAGGAGAAGAGCAGCCUUCCCUCUGACAGUAAAGGACAGAGUCCUGCUUCAGGAGAACCUGAACAACAGAAGAGGAAAUGGGGGGUCAGGAAGACCCACUCCUGCCCCGAGUGUGGGAGACACUGCCCAUCCUUAUCAGCACUGAAGGUACACCAGAGAAUCCACACUGGAGAGAAGCCUUACCUCUGCUCUGAGUGUGGGAAGGGCUUCACUUAUCAAAGUAGCUUGAGAUUACACCAGAAGAAAGACUCAGCGGACAAGAUUACCUGCUGCUGUGGACAAGAAUUCUCCUCAAAGUGUGUUCUGGAGGUACACUUGAAGGUAGACACUGGAGCCAAGCCUUACACCUGCUGUGUGUGUGGCAAGGGGUUUGGUAAAAAAGAACGGUUAAAAGAACACCAGCGAUCUCACACGGGAGAGAUGCCUUACUCUUGCUCUUUCUGUGGCAAGGGUUACUAUCAAAAACCGGCUUGGAAAGCCCACGAGCGAACACACACCGAGGAGAAGCCCCUGUGCUCCGUGUGCGGACGGACCUUCUCCAAUAAGACUACGUUAAAAGUCCACCAGCGAACACACACAGGAGAGAAGCCUUUCCUCUGCUCUGAGUGUGGCAAGGGCUUCCUCAGUAAAGCAUACCUGACGACCCACCAGCGAUUCAACUGUUCUGGGGGAGAGGAACGACGGCGAGCAAAGAGGUUUCACAAGUGUCCGGACUGUGGGAAGGAAUUCACUCAAGCAAACAAACUGGAGAGACACAUGAGAACACACACAGGAGAGAGACCUUACCAGUGCUCUGUGUGUGGGAUGAGGUUCAACCAGAAAGGGAAUCUCAAAACGCAUUUUAAAGUGCACACAGGAGGGGAUCCCAGUUUACUGGCUGACAUCGACAUGGAGGCGACUUCCUCUGAACAACCUCGGGACAACAGACGUAAAGCUGGGAGACCACAACGCUGUCUGGAUCAGCAUGACGAGGAGGGAACCCACAACCUACCGGCACCACAAACCCACAACCUCCCGGCACCGCCGAGGGAGGGAACCCACAACCUCCCGGCACCGCCGAGGGAGGGAACCCACAACCUCCCGGCACCGCCGAGGGAGGGAACCCACAACCUCCCGGCACCGCCGAGGGAGGGAACCCACAACCCCCCGGCACCACAGAAACCCACCAUGUCCCCCAGGGGAGAAAAACACUAUCUCUGCCCUGAAUGUGGCAAGACUUACACCCGGGAAUACGACCUCCGAGUCCACCUCAGAACGCACACAGGAGAGAGACCGUACCAGUGUGACGAAUGCGGAAAGACCUUUGUCCGGAAACAAGGGCUCCGUCAACACCGGCGGUCACAUGCUCCCAAGCCCAUGGGACCGACCCGCCAGUUAGGCAGGCCCGUCAGCAUGGGAUCCAGUAGUAGAAGGUCUAACCAAUCUCCCAGGGUGGGAAGCUCUAAGCAGCAGUUAUCCAGGGUUGAUAAACCCAUGCCUCCAUACCCUAGUGUAGAGAGACCCAUGCCGUUCCAUACAGUGGAAAGACCCAUGCCUUUACAUCGAGUGGAAAGACCCAUGCCCUUACCAGACAUGGAGAGAGAACACUGGCAGUACUGGCACCUUUAAACACCAUGGCUAUGUCUUCAUCCCAAAUGGUAUUCUAUUCCCUAUAUAGUGCACUACUUUUAACCAGGGCUCAUUGGGUUCUGGACAAACGUAGUGCACUAUAAACCGAAUAGGGUGCCAUUUUGGGGACACCAUGUCUCUCAUGACUAAACAGAAAUGUUCUUCUUGCUUCCGUUGUGUGUGUCUGUGUGCGUGCAUGUUGUUGCUUCCUCGUUUAUGAUCAGUAUAAUAAUCGUGCCCACUGUGCAAGAUAAUCAUGCCAACUGUAGUUGUAGUUCCGUACAUAUUUUAUAAACUAAAAUUAAGCGAUUGCAUUUUUGUCCUUUCUAGUGUUUAAAAAAAAUCUUAUUUUACUAAUUGAAGCUGUAAUGAUACAACAAAAUCCACUGUGGUCCAGUAAAUGAGUGAUGUCAUAAUGUCAUGGUCCAGUAAAUGAGUGAUGUCAUAAUGCCAUGGUCCAGUAAAUGAGUGACGUCAUAAUGCCAUGGUCCAGUAAAUGAGUGACGUCAUAAUGCCAUGGUCCAGUAAAUGAGUGAUGUCAUAAUGCCAUGGUCCAGUAAAUGAGUGACGUCAUAAUGCCAUGGUCCAGUAAAUGAGCGUUGUGGAAACAAACCUGGGCUCUUUGUAUAUGCCUUAUAACAUUUGAUUUCAUUAACUGACUACAAGCAGAGAUGGCUAAAUUGUAAGAGACCACUCUCUUUCACAGCCACUGUUCUUCCGCAAGAGACUUCAUCUAUUGUCUUUACCCUCCAGCCCAGAUGGUGGCAGUGUGUGUGUUGCUUCCUCAUCUGUGAUCAGUACAAUAAAGUCCACUGUGUUGCGUAAAAUAAUCAUACCAACUGUAGUUGUCUUCCUGUGCAUAUUUUAAUCAACAAAAAUGAAGUGUUUGCAUUUUA